AAACAGAAAUGAAAUUUGAAAUUGUUAUUUUCAUUUUGAAUUUGUGAUAACCUUUUUUUAUUAAAUUAUCGUUUAUACCAAAUAUCAUCAUCAUAAUGUCACAUAAUCAACAGCAACAGAAUUGUUGCUGGGGUGAAGUUAUAUUACUUGAUGGUCGUAGUGUUGAAAUAUUGAUCCAGCCACGUUUAUUUGCUGGUGAUCUAUUCGAUACGGUUGCAUCACAUUUUGAUCUUAAAGAAAAAGAAUAUUUUGGUCUUGCAUUUCUUGAUGAAACUGGUCAAUAUAAUUGGCUAAAUCUUGAAAAACGUGUACUAGAACAUGAUGUUCAACGACAACAACAACAACAACAUUUUGUUCUAUAUUUUCUUGUCAAAUAUUUUAUCGAAUCAAUAACAAUGUUACAGGAUGUAAAUACAAUUGAAUUAUUCUAUUUACAGGCCAAAUCAUUAUUGACUAAUGAAAUUGUUCAAGUUGAUCUACAAACUGGAUUAAAAUUAUCGGCAUUUAUAUUACAGGCAACUUAUGGUGAUUGUAACAAUUUUAAUGAAAUUAAAAUCCGUAAUCGUAUACAUCGUCUUCAAUUGAUCUCAUCGAAUCUUUUGGCCGAAUUAACAUCCUAUCAAAUUUGUGAGGAUCGUAUCAUUGAUGAAUAUAGACAAUUAUCAGGUCUUUCAUAUGGUGAAUCAAUAUUUCGUUUUAUGUGUUUGAUUGAAAAACAACCAACGUAUGGUGUUCAUUUCUAUGAGGUUAAAGAUAAAUCCAAACAACCAUAUUGGCUUGGUUUAUCAUUCAAAGGAAUUGAUCAAUUUAGUUAUGCUGAUCGUCGUCUACCUCUAAAACAAUUUGCCUGGAAACAAUUGGAAAAUUUAUAUUUUCGUGAAUGUAAAUUUUCUAUUGAAGUUCGUGAUCUUAAACGUGUUGUACAUACAUUAAGUUCGAUUAAUCUUUAUGAGAAUGCAAUCGAAGAUCCUGAUACAUUUGAUGAUUUAUCCACUGCAAUCUGUGAUCCAACUACACAAGUUUCAGUAAGUCGACGUACAUUUGGUCCAUGUAAUGUAACCGUAUUUGUUUGGUUUGCAUCAACAUCAUCAUUAACUAAAUGUAUAUGGUCAAUGGCCAUAUCACAACAUCAAUUCUAUAUUGAUCGUCAUAUUAACAAGUCGAUAAAAUAUCAACAACGUGCCAAAGAUGACAUUGUACAAUGUUUGAAUGAAAAUCAUAAUCGUCGUCGUAAUCAAAUAAAACAAUUAUGGUUUCAACAACAACAACAACAACGAAAUAGUUAUUGUAGUAAUAAUAGCAUCAGAAAUUCAUUAUAUUCAACAACAACAACAACAGUAUCAUCUUCUAUUGAUCAUUCAAUGAAUCAACAAUCAUCAUUAACAUUACCUCGUAAUGUAACAUUGGGAUUCAAUAAUCAUCAUCAACAACAACAUCAACAACGACAAUAUCGUUUAGGAUCAAAUGCAAAAUCUACAUCACAACAUAACAAUAAUAAUAAUAAUAAUAAAUCAUCAUCAUUGAUCUCAUUGAAUCAUAUUGUGCAACAACAAGAUGUAAGCGGAUGUUUAUUAGAUAAUCGUCAUCCAUCAUUGAUUAACAAUAAUAACAACAACAAUAAAUUAUUAUCAUCAUCAUCAUCAUCUAGCGGUGUAUCGAGAACAAAUUCUCAGACAACUAUAUCAUCUCAACAUCAUUCACAACGAACUACACAAUUAAAUCGACAACAACCAUUUCGUCAUUCAACAUCAACAUCAAGUAUAAAUAAAAUGUCUACCACACCAACAACACCAUCAUCAUCAUCAUCAUCCACGAUAGCUGUUCGUGGUUCGUGGAUACGAAAUUCACGAUUAGAUCGUUUACGACAAUUACAAUUACAAUUACAGAAUAAAAUGGAUGAAUUAAAUCGUUUGGAUAUGAUUGAACAACAGAUUUUAUCGAAAGCUAUCGUCAAUUAUCAGCCACAAGAAUUGAUUAAUGAUACAAGUUCAAUAAUGACAUCAACAUCAUUGAAUUCAUCUUCAUCUUCAUCGUCAUCAUCAAAUAUUGAUCAUUCGAAUCAAAAUCGUGGAUCAAUUGCAUCAUCAUCAACAUCAUCAUCAUUGUUCAAUAAUAAUGUAGUUAAAGCACCAAAUUCAUUGAAAAAUUUUGUCGUCACUGGUCGUGCUUCAAGUUCAUUAUCAUCGAAUGCUGCGUCGACGAUAGGUGCACAAAAUUAUCAUCACAUUGAUCAUCAUAAUAUUAUGGUCAACAACAAUGUUGUUCAACAUUAUAAUAGAGGUCGAUCACCAAUAUUAGCAAAUUAUCCACAACAACAACAACAAAAUCAUCAACGUAGUAAAUCGGUUGGUGUUAGUUCAAGAUUCAGUAUUGAUCAGAAUAAUGAUGAUGUUCAAUCAUCGAAAUUGUUAAUGUCGCCAUCUAUAGUACGGAAAUCAAACAAUGUUAAUGAUAAUCAGGUAAAUCAUCCAUUACCAACAACAAAUCAAAUUAAAACAGCAACCAAUCAUCCAAAACAACAACAACAACAACAGGCGAGAAAUCAAUCAUCAUCAUCAUUGAUAUUUAGUUCACCAUAUGUAAAUAAAUAUGAUACAUCUGUACAAAGUUUAUUAAAAUCAAAUGAACGUUCAAAUCUUUAUUCGGUACCAAAUCGACGAACAUCGGUUGCAUUGAAUAGUCUUGAUGAUACUGUCAUUAUGAAUCAAUCUCGUCCAUCAACUAUAUCAUCAAAUUCAUCAUUAUCAUCAUCAUUAAUGUAUCAACAGCAACCAUCAAAUAAAUAUUCUAUUCGAACAUCAACAGUAACAUCAUCGACAAAUUCAUUAACAUAUUCAACAAUAUCGUAUCAUUUGGCAAAUAAUCAAACAUUACGUUCACGUAAUAAUAGUUUAUCAACAAUAAAUGAUAAUGAUAGAAAACUUAUUGAAUCAAAUGUUGAUGAUAAUAUAUCGAUGACAAUUAAUAAUAAUAAUAAUGAUAUUGAAACACGAUCAACAUUAUCAAAUUAUCGUAAUAUUGAUGAAAAAAAUCUUGCCGAUUAUAAGUCAUUUUUAUUGUCACGUCGUAAUAGUUUUGGAUCGAAUCGAUCAUUAUCAUCAUCAGCAGCAUCAUCAUCUACAUCAUCAACGACAACAUCAAAAUCAUCGACAAAAUCUACAUCAAUUAAACAAAUGGAUAAUAAUCGUAUUAUACAACCGAAUACUGAAUCCGAAUCAAAUUAUGUUAAUUUAUGUGAAUCAAAAAGAAUGUUGCCACCGUUAUCUGGUGUUGGUAGUCAUCAAAUUUCAAGCAAAAAUAAUAAUUCAGAUUAUGUCAAUCUAAUCAUGUCAUCUAAAAAUUCUUUAUCAUCAUCAAAUGUUCAGCCACCUCCGUCAUCACAACAACAGCAGCAACAACAUUAUCAAAAUCAUAUAUAUCAGAAUUCACAGAAUUUAAUGUCAUCAAAAUCAUCGAUACAGAGACGGCCACAACAACCGAAAACAUGGUUUGAAACAGAUUUAGAUUAUCAUCACAUGAAAUUUGUUAAACAACAACAAUCAUCAUCAAUUUAUAAACCAAUUAUUAAGCCAUCAAAUAAUCUAGUCUUCAGUCAUUUGACAAUCAAUGACAAUGAUUGUAAUAAUGAUUCAACGAAGACAAUUUAUCAUCCAAUACAUUUGGUGACGACAACGACCGAUAAUGAUGAUAAUGAUGAUCAUGAUGAACAUGAACAAAAACAAAUAUUUAGAAAAUCACCAACACCAUCACAAUUAUCCAAUGGUACAUCAACAACAACAUCAUCAUCAUCAUCGUUGAUGUUUAAUCAACAACAACAUCAACAGCAUGGAUCAUCUUUAUAUUCGAAUCUACCAUCAAAACGAUUAAUAUCAUCAUCACCAUCAACAACGACAAAAAUUUCAAAUGGUGGAAUUAUUGAUGGUUCAUUAUUAUCAUUAACAUCAUCAUCAUCAUCAUCGGCAUCGGCAUCAUCAACAUCGACAGUAAACGAUGGUGAAACAAUGAUAACAACAACAUUAUCAUGUCCACCACCAGUACAAGCAUUAUCACCAAUUUGUACUGUUGCAUUUAUACCAUCCGAACAACAACAGGAUACAACAAUAACAACAAUAGCAUCGACUAUUUCAACAACAACAACAACGACAACAUCAACAACAAAUGAAGUACCAAUAGCAUCAUGUAAAGGUAAUAUUGUUGAAGUUGAUGUUGUUACUGUUGGACAUUUUCAACCGGGUUAUGAAGAAACAAAACCAUUUACAAUGUCAGAUUUUUAUAAAUAUAGUCAACGUUAUCGUCAAUCACAGCUUCAACAACAACAACAACAACAGAAUUUAUCAUCAUCAAAAAUAAAUGAACAACAACAAAUGACAACAAUAACCAAUGGUCAAUCAACAUUGAUGAUAAAUAACACGGAAAAUUCUAAUUGA